GGAACAGGUUUCGUUUCAGAGACCGGCCUACUGAUCACGAUUCUCUCUUGUUUUGUUUUCGUUAUUUUUUCUCAUUAAUUUGUGAGGCGUUUGUUGAACUCGUGUCGUGGACUGGACGAUCGCGCGUAGCCUACUUGCACCACCAAUCGCAAUCAAAAUUCAGUCCAGGUUAGUCGGACGAAUACGUCCAAAAGUUGUUGUUCCAAAUUAUUUGUACACGUUGUGAAUAUUUUGUUUUUCCGUCACCGGCAUCAGAAAAUGACACUUCAAUAUGACGAGGAUCAACGGCCUUACAUCGACUUCGGCGGGGACAUCCGGCUGGCGCUUGAUCUGAGCGACUAUCUGGACGAUGAAGCGACGAUGGCCAAAGCCCGAGAGGACAUACGCCAAACGCCAGAAGCAACGGCGGAAGGUUUGCGGGAGUUUCGUGAAUUGCUAAAAGGUGAGCCAGAUUUGAAAGUUCCUAACGAUGAUGAGUAUCUCUUACAAUUUUUACGACCAACUAAAUUCUACGCCAAAAGUGCAUUCGAAUUGAUUAAAGGAUACUACAAAAUCAAGGCCAAGAAAGGCUUCAUUGUGGACAACAUCUCGGCCAGUGCUGUAUCGGUGGCUCUCGAGGAGCGUAUCGUACAGGUGUUUCCUCGGCGUGAUCAGCACGGAAGAAGGAUCAUUUUCUUACAGAUGGGAGCGGCCUGGAACUGUAGCAAGGUACCAUUUCCGGAAAUGAUUCGGGCAGUCCACACAGUCGUAACGCUGGUCCAAAUGGAGCCCCGAACGCAACUGCACGGAGUGGUUUACAUAACAAACUUCGACAGUCUGAGUUUGUCCCAGCUGGGGCAGUUCACCCCGAAAUUUAUGAAGAACAUGCUGGACUACGGCCAGAAGUGCUCCCCGAUGCGGCUCAAGGGCAUCAAUCUCAUAAACAAUUCCCGAAUUUUUAACAUCCUCUUCAAGAUGAGUAAACCCUUUCUCGGGCAGAAGUGGGGCAAUAGGAUUUUUAUGCACGGAAGCGAUUUGACGGCAUUGCACAAACAAAUUGAUCCUAGCUGUUUGCCGCCGUGGCUUGGAGGAAGUUGUGAUUUUGCUGCGUACGACGGGAAAUUGCUGGUUGAAUUUAUGAACCACUAUCGAAGCAGGUUCGAUGAGCUAAAUUCGUACGGAUAUGUUGAUGACAUAACAACCUAAACAUAAAAAAAUUGUGCUGUGCUAACAACAAAUUUAAUGUAUUUGGAUUAUAAAAUUCGGACUCGUCAAUCUCAACUUUUUUAUUUACACUAUAGAUACACAUAUACUAAGUAUAGUGAUGAAAAAGCUCAAUAAAUUCAAUGAAACGAGAAUUUUUUAAAUAA